UAUAAUGUACCGUCGCUACGUCAGAUGCAACACUGCUACAACAGGCUGCCAAUACCGCUGUUAUUGAUCCAGUCUACCAACACCGACCGGGACGCCGUCGGGCGUCGACCAGCUGCAGGCUGGCUGCUACUCUCUGUUCUGCAGUUGGUCUGCUUCACUGCUGGUCCAGCGUCAAGGCGUCCAGUGUCAACCAACUACCUGUUCGAGACGACGCGCCGUGGACCUCUUUCCAGACAUAGCAAAAUCAAUAUUAUUGUCACACCUUUGCCAGUGCAUCGUCGCCGUUCCACUGGUCACCACUCGUCCGGAAUAACCGCACUGGGACUUGUGUCUUCGCAUUCGAUUGCUGCUCCAUCUGUCAGGCGUACACUGUAUCUGCAGGGCUCUACCACGAAAAUCCAUGCUAUUAGAAGUCACAACAUUCCAAAAUGGCUGAAGAAGAACCCCGUAAAAAAAUUAAUACUUAUGUUAUCAACCAAAUACCCAGACCAACAUGUGAUGUAGAAUUCAUACCUCUACCAUUUUACAACACUAUAUAUACAAUUAUGGUUAAACCGGUGGCUAUUUAUUAUGCUCCAGCAUAUAAGCCUGGUUUGGAACAACCACAAGAACACACUUCAUUUGAUUAUGAGUUUAAGUUGCCAGAAUUAAUUGAAUCAAUGAUAAACGAAAAAAAAGGAAAUUUACAAUUGCAGAUCCGAUUUGGAAAAGAGCUGCCAGGGAUGAGUGAGCUGUCGGAAGGAUUACCAGAACCAAUAACGUUUUAUAUCAAUUCGCACGAAAACAUUGCAAAGAAUAGCCCUAUUGAUUAUUAUUGCAGUGCCUUUGAAUUAUUGAAUGAUACUAAGAAUAAAAUCACAAUAUUAUGGCCUCAUUGCAAAACACCAUAUUACAUGAUGAUAAAUAUUGUAGAGCCAAUAAUAAUUGAAGAUGUGGUGAAACGCAUACAGUUUAACAAUAAACUAUGUUGUACUAAACAAAGAGCAAAAGCUAAGAUCAUAGCAUUUUUGAAGAAUGCCAAAAAAAAAUCUGAUGCAGAAGGUUGUAAUAUGGGGACGACUCUUGAUUUAUCUUUGCUGUGUCCAAUAACCAAAUUAAAAAUGGAAUUACCGGCAAGAUCUGUAAAAUGUAGUCAUUUACAAUGUUUUGAUUUACGUGGAUUAUUUUCAUUGAAUACAAUAAAACCAACAUGGAAAUGCCCUAUUUGUAAUGUACGCAUUCUGAUUAAUGAAUUAUUUUUAGAUUCAUUCCUUUUGGAUGUUCUCAACACCCCAUCUCUUCCUGAAAGUUGCUCUAAAAUAUUGUUUUAUAAAAAUGGCAACUGGGAAUCAUAUAUAGAACCAAAGAAAGAAAUAAAUGAUUGUAAUGACGAUGAUUCAGAACCAAUGUUGACCAAUUAGACUACCGACGAUACAAACAUUGUAUGCUAAUAAAUAGAAUAAAUAAUAAUACGUUAUUUAAAAUUUAGUACAAAUAAUAAUUUAAGUUUAUAAUAUUAUUCUACAUAUAAAAAUAUAUUUAAGUUAGACAUUCAAUGUAUCAAUAACGGUGUUUUAUAAAUUGUAUACAUGUCAAUUGAAAUAAUAGUGGUAAAUCUAUUGUUAUGAAAUAAAAAAAGAACAUAAUGUUAAAAAUUUUCUUUAAAAAAAUCCAUUAUACUCGCAUGUA